UUGAUUAACAGCAGAUCAGCAGCAGUUAACACAGUCGAGGCAAGAUUUGCUGCCUUCUCGAAAUCGAUUCCCCAAACCAUUUCGCAUAACUCCGAAGUGCAAACAUGCAGGGAGGGGAGCGAUUUUUUCAAAUGUAGCUACAAGGAGUAAGCAGCGUAUUCUGGACACCGGAACCGGUAAAUUAAGAACGUAAUGGUCUUCGAAGAUAAGAUUUAUCGAUUACAUUUGUCUCACGUGCAAAAUCAACGGGUAUUAAAGUUUACGAGCAAUGCUCGAGAUGUUUUAAUAACCUUAUGACAUUAAGAGUCAAGGUGAUCCACGACCUAAGUGCAUAACACUUCGAGUGACGCACGUUUGCAAGGAUCUGGGUUCUUUUCUGAAUUGAUUUCUCGUGCCCAUGGAGCCUCAAGCUAAAACAUUCAAUUCCAGCAGGCCGUCGGUGAUUUACUUUCACGGAAUUCGUGUGAAAUACAUACAGGACGAUAAAAAAACGCUUUCAAAGGAGUUUGAAAAUGAGGAAAGUGGUGAUAGUAACAGCGCGAUUCCUGCUCUAACCGUUAAAAGGACUUGGAUGUCAGACAACGGACACGAUUCGAAAACAGAAACGGCAGAUGCGGUAUGUACGGAAAACGAAGAAGAGUGUUUGCGAAAACGACGCCGGACCUCAUUUACGUCGUUUCAAACAACGCGACUGGAAGAAGAAUUCGACCACGAUAAUUACAUCGUGGGGAUGAAACGCUGGCGAUUGAGCAAGGAGCUAGACAUUCCGGAAAAGCAAAUAAAAAUUUGGUUUCAAAAUAAAAGAACAAAACUUAAAAGGAAUUUCUCCAACGAUGAACACAAAUAGAAGAUCUAAACAACAGACGAUGGUCCCCCCUGGCAAUGUCUGGACUCACGAUUAGAAGAGCACGUCUUUCAUACAAGAGCGUGUCUCAGGGUGGGGGGGCUGGACUCGAAAUGCGCUAUCGCACUCCCAGAGUUAUUCUCGCUGAUGGUCUUACUGUUUUGACUGUUUUUCCUUAAUCACUCAGAUUUAAGGGUCUUAUUUAUUUAAUGUAGUUGAAACAAUAAAGUCUUAUUUUACUUGUCAUUAAA